AUGAUUUAUGUCAGUUUGACUAAAGUCGAACUAGCCAACUACGGACGUAUGAGGAUAGGAAAAUGUUUGAAACAUGGAUUUGGAAGUUUGGAUUGUUCGGUGAACAUUCUGCCUUACAUGGAUUGGAAGUGUUCGGGACGUGUGACCUGUUCGCUGAAUGUCAGAGAUCUCAUGGAAAAGAAUCCGUGUCCAAAAGAACUCAGGAGUUAUCUCACUGUCAAGUACAAAUGCGUUAAAGUCGAACAUCCAGCCGGCGAUUUGAGAGUCUCAUGCCAGUCCCUACCUCCAUCUAUCCUCAAGGCAUCUCUUCCAUCGGGAAUUCUUUCAAAUUAUGUUGCCGAAGUUACUGGUUGUGGAGGAUUAGAACGACCUUGGUCGAUAGUUGGGUCACCGGGUCAAAGGAUCAACAUGACUAUAAUGGACUUCGUCGAACCCAGCGAAACUUCCUGGAUCAUCACCGGCACCUGUCACAUGUACGCCAACCUUCACGACGGGGUGACUGGUGGGAUUGAGAGGAUUUGCAUCGGAGGGGGUAGAGUGAGGCACGCUUUUAUUUCGAAAUCUCACCUCUUAAAAAUCGAAUUCAUCAUAAGAUUCAAUGGAAACCAAUCGUACGCUCUCUUCUUCUACGAAGUGAUAGGCUGUGCAGACAUAGCGACAGACGCUGGCAGCAACAAGUGGUUCAGACGAUACUCAUCGGAGAGAGCUUCUUACGGCUGCAACAACAAAAAUAUAAUCUACGAACUUAAGUGCGUGAAGAACAAGUGGGUGGGUGAGGAGGACAACUGUUCGCAAGAUGGUUUCAAUCUGGCAAGAAAUUUCUUCAAUGGAAAUUUUUUUACGAUAGAAAAAAUCAUCGUGACGAUUUUGGUGACUGGUCUGAUAGGAGUUAUUGUGCUCAUCGCUGGUGUCAUCAUUGUCAGAAAGAAAUUCAAACGUCGCAGCAGCCAACAUCAAAUAAGUCAGCCACCUCAUCUGACUGACAACCCAUUGUUAUACUCACAAAAAACGCAGUACAUUGACAGAUCUCUAAUGAAUCAACAGCAACAGCAACAACAACAACAUUAUUUUCAACAACAACAUUACCAAUCGGUCGGUGGCGUUUACAUAGAGGACAAAAAUUUUUACCAGCAACAACUAUUGAUACAGCAGCAGCAGCAGCAACAAAACUUAAUAAACGCUGACACGGGAUUGCAGAACGUUACGGCAGAUGCAACGGUCUCGUCGGGUAACGACGACUACAACAAGUACAGCGAUCACAUCUACGAAAGUCCUAAAUCAAUAAGGAAGGAGUUAGAGAAACUGAGUGACGAGAAAUAUAGGAUGAAAAAUCUACCUCAGCCAUUUAUAUGA